AAAAUAGCCUUCCCUGAGACAUUUUUUUUUUAAAAGGAAAAGAAAGAAAAAAAAAAUCCUAACAUGUAACCCCUGACUCUGCCUUUUUUAAAAGAAAGGAAGAAAACCUGAUAGCUAAGUGUAAACUUGCAAGCACAAAAACCCUUUCCUGAUACAAAUCCUGCCUUAACGUUUACUCAGUCUCAAUGGAUGCCAUAAAAGAACAUGAACUAGAAGAAGACCAACCUUCUCCUUCUCCUCCUAAGUCUUCUCGACAAUUCACCGUCUAUACCUAUCCCAAGCACAAGACUAAGAAAAGGAAGUCUCAUAUUAUCAAGAUUAAGCGGCCCCAGAUCCACCAGGACUCUCCAAAACCUAGCUCCCCCUCCACUGAACUUGUCUUGUAUAAUAAUUCGAGCAAGUCUACAAGCUACAAACAAAAGAGAGUUGUGGUCAAUGAGUUCUAUGAUAAUACUGAAACUAAGUCUUCUCCUACGGAGCGGGCCAAAGAGCUUCAAGCAAGUUUAGAUUCUUCAUUCCCUAGCUUUGCAAAGUGUUUGGUUCGGUCAAAUGUAAAAGUUGGAUUUUGGAUGCAUCUUCCUAUGCCAUUUUGCAAAUUGCAUUUGCCAAAGAAUGAUACAGUAGUUUCUGUGGAAACUGAAAAUGGACAAGAAUACAAAAUAAAUUACAUUGCAGAAAGGACAGCAUUGAGUGGCGGGUGGAAAGCAUUCUGUUCUUCAAACCAGUUGCAUGAGGGUGAUGUUCUCGUUUUCCAUUUACUCGAACCUUUAAGAUUUAAGGUGUACAUAGUCAGAGGAACUGUUUCAGCUGAAGCAAAUGCAGAGGUUGAAAAAGUGGAAGCUCCUGAAAAACAAACAAGAUCUGUUUGCCUAACAAUAAAAGAUCAAGCUGAGAUAGAUGGAAAAAAUAAUGAAAGGGUCAAGGAGGAGGAAGAAGAGAAAAGCCUGAUGGUUUUGGAUGAAGGGCAUGGAAUGGAUCAACCUGAAAAUGGCACUGAGGGUCAUCCUGACUCAAAAGCUUUGGAAGUUAUUGCAUCUUCAGGAUCUGGUUUUGAUUUUAAAGAUGUAGACAGCAUUGAAAGUUUCAGCAUUGUCAUCAAUGGUUUGGCAAUAGACUCUGAGAUAUCUGAUCACCAACGAACUAAAUACUAUGAGCUAUGCUGCUCACAAAACUCGUUUCUGCAUGAGAAUCUUCUCAAGAGUAUUAACUAUAAAUUGGCCACUGAAAUAAUAAUUGGAACUGUUAACAUUUCAGAGGCCAUUAGAGCUUCCAAGCUUUCCUGCUCCAAUGCAGAUUUUGCAGUUUGGGACAAGACUUUGAAGGGCUUUGAGCUGCUGGGCAUGAAUGUAGGGUUCUUGCGUUCUCGUUUGAGCCGGCUAAUGACCCUUGCAAUGGAAUCAGAAGAGGCGGUGGAAUCAGAGUCUAGAGAAGUUAGACAAGGACAAGCUCGAGUAAAUGAGGAGAUGCAAAGUCUUGCAUUCAAGCUUUUGGAACUGAAAGAGGCAAGGGACAUGCUUGAUGCUGAGAUAGAGUCUCUUAAGGCGAAUGCUGAAAGGCAUGAGCACAAGUUUCAGGAAGCUGUCAAUGCUCCAUGGUAGGAAAAUUGUUUUCCGAGGAUAUCAAAACUUGCAAUCAUAAUUGAACGCAGUGAAGGGCAUUAUUUCUCAUGCGGAUACAAUAUGCUAACGGCAAUUUUUUACCAAUUUGGGAAUGGGAAUAUUGUAGUGCAAUGUCUUAAAUUAGCUGUAAACAUGUAUACUAGCUCGCAAAGGAGAUGCUGUAGCCUGUAGGAUGUUUCUAUUUCUUCCUCUUUGUGAGUCUCUGUAAGAAUUUUGAUGGAAAGCUAUAAUUAUCUCACUCUGUCAUUUGACA